AUGACAAAGGACUAUUUUUCGUGCUCUGCUUCUUUGAUUUCGCUACUUUUAACACUCUUCUUUCUAUCGUGCUCACGAUUGACAGGGAGCCUUCCGAUUCCUUCCGCAACUGCAUACGGAGGCGCAACUUGGAAGAACAAUAACCACUCUUUAGAUUUCCUGACACCGUCAGUUUACCAAGAUGCACUCGUCAGGCCGAUUCUUCUGAGCGGCAAUAUCUCAUAUAAUGAUAUGAAUCUCCAGUUUGGAUGUGGGUUCUUCUGCUAUGGCAGUCCUUGUGAUACAGGAUACCUAUUUGCAACUUUCUUUGUUGUCCACAAAGCUGAUGGUAGGCUGUUUGAUAUGCAAAUGGUGUGGAGUUCAAACAGAGAUCAAAUGGUGCAAGAAAACGCAGCCCUAAUACUCAGCUCUACAGGAGAACUUGUGUUGAAGGACGCAGAUGGCAGUCUCGUCUGGUCUACAAAUACAUCCACCCAAUCUUUUCAAAGGAUGGAGAUAGGCGAAUCUGGGAACCUUGUUCUCUAUAACCCCGACGGUGGAAUCAUCUGGCAAUCUUUUGAUUAUCCAACCGAUACCAUUCUGAUAGGGCAGAAGUUGAAAGUGGACCAGAAGCUUAUAGCAAACACUUCUCCUAAGAAUACAAGCGAAGGUCGUUUCUAUUGUACCUUACUUCACGAUUGCUUUGCUAUGUUUACAGCCUCUGCACCGGCUAAAAUGUAUUUCAGAUAUCCCGAGCUACCUGCAUGUGUGGAGUUCUCUUAUGCCCAGUUCGACAACCAGUCCGUCCAUAUUUAUUUUCAAGGAAGACGAUCGCCGUCAAUAAAUUUAUCAGUACCCAAAGAUAGCCUUUACUUUAAAUUAGAUUGGGAUGGAAAUUUAAAGGUCUGCUCAAUCCUGCAAACAAUAGGAAGAUAUUCCCCUGACUACCUGCCAUCCUUUGUAAAAUACCAUCAUCCAAGACCAUGCGGAGACUACGGUGUUUGCACAAAUGGUCAGUGCAGCUGUCCAAAAGAUGGCAAUGCUUUUAAACCGAUCGAUGCCGCAGAACCCGAUCAGGGAUGUGCUCCGCACGUUCCUCUAGCAUGCUCAGAGAAAAGUAGGCGCCAGGAUCAUCACUUCUUAGAACUGGAGCACGUUUCCUAUUUCACUUAUCUUUAUGAAAAUUCUUCGACGCCAGGGUUGGUGUCAAGAGAUGAAUGUAAAAGACUUUGCCUCGAAAACUGCUCUUGCAAAGCUGCUUUUUUCAGGUACGAGACCAAUUUUUCUAGUGGUUAUUGCUAUCUAGAAUCCAAUAUCUAUUCUAUGAAAGCUAACAGUCCAGUCGAUAAGUUUUACAAUUCCACUGCUUAUAUUAAAAUCCAGUCAAGGUCCAAGCGCAUUAAAUACUUGAUUGUCGUCAUCAUUUGUGCUUGUGUGGGCGGAGUACUAGCUCUCUUUAUCCUAUUGUGGGUUUGGAUAAGUAAGUCUCAAAAUAGCAGACAGCAAAAGGAAAAAGAUGAAGAUGACGGUGAGGAUGAUCAUGUAGAUUGGUCGGCAGGCUUACCGUUGCGGUUCACAUUCCAGGAAUUGCAAGACGCUACACACAACUUUAGUGUGAAGUUAGGAAGAGGAGGGUUCGGGUCAGUUUACGAAGGUGUUUCGGCUGCCGGCUCAAAGAUAGCAGUUAAGCGGCUUGAUGGAGCAGGACAAGGGAGAAGGGAAUUCCGGGCAGAAGUGGAAACUUUAGGAAAUAUUAAUCAUCUUAAUUUUGUAAAACUGAAGGGGUUUUGUGCAGAAAAGGCCCAUCGAAUGCUUGUAUACGAGCAUCUACCAAAUGGGUCUCUUGAUAAAUGGAUAUUUUCCAACAAUAUCCAUCAACAUUUGCUGGAUUGGAAGGCUAGAUGCAAAGUAGUUUUGAAUAUUGCAAGAGGAUUGACAUAUUUACAUGAAGAUUGUCGAGAACAGAUAAUACACUUCGACAUCAAGCCUCAGAAUAUUCUCCUUGAUCAAAAUUUCAAUGCCAAGGUCUCAGAUUUUGGUCUGGCAAAGUUGGUUAACAGAGAGCAAAGCGAAGUGAUAACCAUGAUGAGAGGGACACCAGGGUAUAUGGCACCGGAGUUACUGAACAUGCAUUUUACAGAGAAGGCAGAUAUAUUUAGCUUUGGUGUUGUGGUGAUAGAAAUUGUCAGCGGAAAACGAAGCAGAGAACUUUCAGAGGAUGGCUUGUUUUCACUGUUACAAAUUAAGGCAGAGGAAGGGAGGUUAAUAGAUUUGGUCUAUCCGGGGCUUGAAAAUGAGGAAACCGGCGUUAAAGAAGAGGCAAUCAAAUUGUUAAAACUGGGAAUGUGGUGUCUACAGGACAAUUUUACCAAGCGACCGGCGAUGUCUAUUGUGGUGAAGGCGUUGGAGGGUUUAAUAGACACGUUCAAUGAUGUUCCAUGCGCCUUGGCAGUUUCUUCUGAUAAGCAGCCUCUCUUCUCAUCGGAUCUGUCCUAUGCUCCUACAACUUCCGUGAUAUCUGGACCUAGAUGA